CGCGCUAGGAUAUCCCAGCAGAAUUGAUCCUUCGCAGACCAUAUCCUGGUUGGGUAUUCUUGACAAAACCGCGUUGCCCAAAACAGUUGGCGGCACACAAGCACAGAGAAUAGACAAUCUGAGAUUACAUGACAAUGAAACCAGCGCAAGCCGUGGAGGUGCUGCAUUCGGGCACACCAGCCGCAAGUAUAGAGACAGUGCUUAGUCAACAGUCUUAUGCACACGAUCAAACGCAACAGUGGGCUCGAACGAUAAUUGAAGGUUGCCUGGAUAAACUGGUAAAGCUUUCUAAACCCUACAAGUAUAUU